CUCCCCGAGGAUAGCAAUGUAUUUGACCAACUUACCAUCCAUGAGGUCAACGAUACAACGGGCGUACCUGCCGAUUUUGGCCCUGCUGAUGAAUCAGUUGAAGAGCCGGAGCCUGAAGAUGGUGAUGUUGUAGAUGAAGCUGCUGUGCCCAACUUUCUAAUCCAAGAGACCGAGCUUAACCAGCUCCGUGGCCAUGUUGAAAAGACUGUUACAGAAGAUGCCGAGUAG